AAAGAGGAACCUUUGCAAUCCUGCAGGUAUGGCUUUUUCAUAGUCGUCUUCUUCUUCUUCUUCUCCUUCUUCUUCUUCUUCUUCUCAUUGUCAUUCACUGCGAAGCUUUCAAUCUGUUUACCGUCACUUUGAUCCAUCACCACGAGGCUCAGAAUUUCCAUCUCUAAUGAACUUUCCUCCUCCAAUUCUCGAUCUGUAAGCAUUUCCGACCCCAAACUGCAGCUUAUUCCUAGGUUUUCGCAGCCUAAUUGCCUAGAUUGUGAGGAGUUUUUGUGUAUUUGGAGCUUCGCGCGCCGGAUCUAGAUUUUUUUUACGGGAAAGAAAAUUCCCCAGGAGUUUGAUAUUCUUUAUUAGCUACUGUUCCUCAAAUUCUGCCAUUUUUUUUUCAAGUAUGUGUCUCUCUGUUGGAUAAAGACUCGUAAAGAGCUGAGUGGGACUCUUGUAAAUUUCGCUGCAUAAGCUCAGGAGAAGGCUCGAGAUGGGGCUUUUUGAUGGGUUGCCCGUCCCUCCAGAUAAGGCAGAUUUGAGAGAAGAACUUUCACGAAUAGAUGAGAGCUGGGCUGCCGCGCGUUUUGAUUCAUUACCUCAUGUUGUCCAUAUUUUGACGUCAAAAGAUCGCGAAGCUGAAGUUCAAUUUCUGAAGGAGCAAAGCGAUGUUGUUGAAGAGGUUGUGGAUGAAGUAGUACAUGCUUAUCACAGUGGCUUCAAUAAAGCAAUUCAAAAUUAUUCCCAGAUCUUGCGUUUGUUCAGCGAAUCUACAGAAAGUAUUUCUGACUUAAAGGUUGAUUUGGCUGAGGCUAAGAAGUGUCUUAGUGCUCGCAAUAAGCAACUUCAUCAGUUAUGGUAUCGGUCUGUUACGUUGCGGCAUAUAAUUUCCCUAUUAGACCAAAUUGAGGGCAUAGCCAAGGUUCCAGCACGCAUUGAGAAACUCAUUGCUGAAAAGCAGUUUUAUGCUGCAGUUCAAUUGCAUGUGCAGUCGACAUUGAUGCUUGAGCGAGAAGGACUUCAGACAGUUGGUGCACUUCAAGAUGUUCGCUCUGAGUUGACGAAGUUGAGAGGAGUUUUAUUUUAUAAAGUUUUGGAGGAUUUGCAUGCACAUCUUUACAACAAGGGCGAAUAUAGCUCAGUUUCCUCGGGCAUCCAUGAAAAGGAUGACGAGGUACCAACCACUACUGCUGUUCCAUUUUCAGUGAAUAAUACACAAAGUCUAUCUCGAAGAACCAGGUUGUUAAAGGGUGACAGUCAAAUUGGCAUCCAUGGAGAUGGAUCAUAUAGGGCGGCUUCUAUUGAUGGGGGUUCCUCUUUUGAUGGCCAUGACGAGGAGGGUGCGUCAGAACUACAUGACGAAGUUGCCUCAGAUGGACACGCAACAUCCCUAAGGGUAAACGGCGGGGAGGGUUACUCAAAGGAUGUCAAAACUGUACCUCGUCAAUUGCCAACAUGGCUUUCAAAUUCCACUCCAGAUGAAUUUCUUGAAACAAUUAAAAAAAGUGAUGCCCCACUUCAUGUCAAGUACCUGCAGACCAUGGUAGAGUGCCUUUGCAUACUUGGAAAAGUUGCUGCCGCUGGUGCUAUGAUCUGCCAAAGGUUGCGACCUACAAUUCAUGAGACUAUUACAUCCAAGAUUAAAGCACAUGCCGAACUUGUUAAUUCAUCUAGAUACGGUGUCGGUCAGGCUGCCCAAACUGCCACACCUGGUCUACAUUUUAUGAAGGGGCAGUUAGAAAGUUACCAGUUUCCAAAGCAGAAACGCCAAAAUGGGAUGUCUCUUGCUGGGACUCUAUUGGCGGUAAGCCCUGUCUCACCUGUGAUGGCUCCCUUGGGGAAAGCACAGGCUGCAGCAAAAGAACUUCUGGAUUCAAUUCUGGAUACCGUUGCUCAUAUAUUUGAGAAUCAUGUUGUUGUUGGCGAGAUUUUCGAAUCAAAAUCUACUCAGUUUGAUACACCAAAGUCAUUGCCAAUCGAUGUAAACUGGAAUCCUGAUUCUGAAGCAUCUCAAGUUACUGGAGGCUACAGCCUUGGAUUUUCCUUGACAGUGUUGCAGAGCGAGUGCCAACAACUCAUUUGUGAGAUUCUGCGAGCGACUCCUGAAGCUGCAUCUGCUGACGCUGCUGUACAAACAGCUAGACUUGCAAGCAAGGUUCCUUCCAAAGAAAAGAGGGAUGGAGCGGAAGAAGGUCUCACCUUUGCUUUUCGCUUUACGGAUGCUACUAUUUCAAUUCCCAACGAGGGGGUUGAUCUGAUUCGCCAAGGCUGGAGUAGGCGAGGUCCAAAUGUUCUACAAGAAGGUUAUGGGUCUGCAGCUGUCCUCCCUGAGCAAGGCAUAUAUCUUGCAGCAUCUAUAUACCGGCCUGUUCUCCAGUUCACCGAUAAAGUUGCUUCCUUGCUCCCAAAGAAGUAUUCCCAGCUAGGGAAUGAUGGCUUACUAGCAUUUGUGGAGAACUUUGUAAAGGACCUCUUUUUACCAACAAUGUUCGUAGACUACAGAAAAAGCGUACAGCAGGCUAUAUCAAGUCCAGCUGCAUUCCGGCCUCGAGCACAUACUGCUGCAACUUACACUCCAUCGGUUGAGAAGGGACGUCCUGUCUUACAGGGACUUCUUGCAAUAGAUUUCUUAGCAAAGGAGGUGCUUGGUUGGGCUCAGGCAAUGCCUAAAUUUGCUGGCGAUCUUGUGAAAUAUGUGCAAACUUUUCUGGAGCGAACAUAUGAAAGAUGUCGGACUUCAUACAUGGAGGCAGUUCUUGAAAAGCAGAGUUAUAUGCUUAUUGGGAGGCAUGAUAUUGAGAAAUUGAUGCGACUUGAUCCAGCAAGUGCAUGUUUACCAAAUGCAGUUAGCCAGUUAAACAUUAACAAUCACCCCACAGAUGCUGAAACAGUUGAGUUUGAAUCAGAACUAUGCGAUUUAUUAUUGAAUUUGCGGCCUAUUAAGCAGGAGAAUCUAAUUCGUGACGAUAACAAACUUAUUUUGCUUGCAUCCCUUAGCGAUUCAUUGGAGUAUGUUGCAGACUCUAUUGAAAGGCUUGGACAGGCAACCACAAAAGUUCCCAGUCUAGUAGAAGAGAGUGGCAAGAAAAAUCAUUCUCAAUCAAGCACUACACCCUCUAGGGAUCUGGCAUCAUUUGCAGACGAGUAUAGGAAAUUGGCAGUUGACUGCCUUAAAGUUUUGCGUGUUGAGAUGCAACUUGAGACAAUUUUCCACAUGCAGGAAAUGACAACUAGGGAGUAUCUGGAGGACCAAGAUGCAGAAGAGCCAGAUGGCUUCAUUAUUUCACUCACCGCGCAGAUAAUGCGUAGGGACGAGGAAAUGGCACCUUUUGUUGCGGGAGUAAAACGUAAUUACAUAUUUGGGGGAAUUUGCAGCAUUGCAGCAAAUGCAUCCAUGACGGCUUUGGCUGAUAUGAAAUCCAUCAAUCUUUUCGGGGUGCAGCAGAUAUGCCGAAAUUCAAUUGCGUUGGAACAGGCGCUAGCAGCCAUGCCGUCAAUUAAUAGUGAAGCGGUGCAGCAGAGAUUAGAUCAUGUUCGAACUUACUACGAACUUCUGAACAUGCCAUACGAGGCCUUGCUUGCAUUCAUCACAGAGCAUGAGCACUUGUUCACAGCUGCAGAGUAUGCUAAUCUUCUAAAGGUCCAAGUUCCGGGAAGAGAGAUUCCUGCUGAUGCAAAAAAUGAUGCACAAAGCCGUGUCUUGUAGAUUUUAUCCCGUUAGCAUUAUGUUCUGCGUUUGAGUGCCAAGAACAAAGGAUUCCAUCAUUCUGCAUGUGGUGCUUUCCUGUAUGUAAGUUUAUAAGCUUUUCUCAAAAUUGGUUGAAGCAUCAAUCUGACGCAGAUUGUAUUUUCGGCAUCAUCUCUGUAUCACAUUACACCACGUGGUGUGAAGUUUUUGUCGCAUUUUAUUCUGAUGAGGUCGUUAUUGUAGUAGUAGUUCUCUUAUUAUUCUUGUUAUAAUUUGUUCUUGUGCAAUAUCAAUUUUGUUCAUUCGUGUUUGCAGAAAAAAGAACUAUGGCUUUUAGCUUUUGUGAGAAUAGAGAAAUGUAAUUUAAAUUUUUCAUGCUUAUUA